AGCCAAUGGGAACUCUUGGCGAAAUUGCGUCACUUGUUUCCUGCCUCUUUCCCGGCUCACGAGGUUGCCUACGGCGACAGUAGUGCAGGAGGCACUGGCCGUUCCCGGUCCCAGGCUCAGCAUGCGGUGCACCAGCCUACCUACCCUAGUGACCUUUUGCGCCGGGCUUUGGAUCUCGGACCUGGUGCUGGCGCAGGGCCUGGAGGCCGGUGUGCAGCCGAGGGCUGACUGUGAAGUAUGUAAAGAAUUCUUAAACCGAUUCUACAACUCCUUGCUAACCAGAGGAAUAGACUUUUCUGUGGACACCAUAGAGAAAGAGUUGAUCAACUUUUGCUUGGAUGCCCAAGGAAAAGAAAACCGCCUGUGCUAUUAUCUGGGAGCCACCAAAGACGCAGCCACCAAGAUCCUAGGUGAAGUUACACGUCCCAUGAGUGUGCACAUGCCCAUAGUGAAGAUCUGUGAGAGGCUGAAGAAGAUGGACAGCCAGAUUUGUGAGCUAAAGUAUGAGAAGAAAUUGGACUUGGCGUCGGUGGACCUGGGGAAGAUGAGAGUCGCGGAACUGAAGCAGAUCCUGCACAGCUGGGGGGAAGAGUGCAAGGCCUGUGUAGAAAAAAACGACUACGUCAACCUCAUCAAAGAACUGGCCCCCAAAUAUGCGGAGAUGCACCCCCAAACGGAGCUCUGACCUCAGCUAUUGGUGCACAUGGACUGUAGUUAGAGCAAAACGACCGUCUAAGACAUGGAUGUGUUGGUUAAGGCUAACCAGGGACCGCCCUGGUGGUAUACUCACUGUUGUGCUGCUUAGGCUUGUGAUUAACCAAUGCUUCCUGCUGGUCACCCACGUUUGCAGAGUCCGGAGACCUCAAAGUGCCUUUCUCCUCCUCCUUUGGAAGGUGCAGGGGUUCUCUUUGCACGACUGUGACAAUGGCGCCCGGCAGAAGUGAGUCAGGGGAGGGAUAUUUACUCAUGGUUUCAGCCCAUCAUGUCGGGGUAGCUAAUGGCAGAGCAGCUCAGAGCACGGAGACAGGCGCUCGGCAGAGACGGUUGUCAUUAUGGGGGACUGAGAAGCAGAAAGUGAUGUUCAAAUAAGGGUAAGGCUGUG